GCCGCUGCAGGGGCCGCCGCGGGGAUGUGGGGAGCGGGCGCCGCCGCUCUCCUCCGCGCGCUGCUUGGCUGAAGGCGAACAGGACUCAAUUACUGGAAUUGUCAGCUCUGCCACUUUAUGUGCACAUUCCUCUUCCACUAUGAGCAGGCCAAUCAUAUUGCACAUUUGUCUGGCUUUCUGUAGCCUUCUACUUCUUAACUUUGCCACACAAUGUUUAGCCUUCCCCAAAAUGGAAAGAAGGGAGAUAGCACAUGUUCGUGCAGAAGAAGGGCAGUCUGAGAGGAUGAACACAGAUGACCUAGAAAAUAACUCCAUUACUUCAAAGAGCACUCCCCAGCUGUCGGUCUCCGAAGAGCCAAUGAUAUUGUUGGCGGGACCAUCAGCAAUGCCGUUAAAUAAAGUAUUCCCUAUUAACAAAGACACCCAUCCUGGAGGAGCUGGGUUCAUGCGGCCUAAUAGCCCUGGUGUUUACACUGCUGCUGAGCCAUUGGUCCCAGCAGGGGAAGAAGUGUUUGUUUCCAGCCAGCCAGAGAGAACGUCUCCUGAAAGCCGACUUUCCAAGGCCGUGUUAACCAACCCUAUCACUUCGACUGCUUCUUUGAAUACUGAUGAGCAGGAGGAGCCCUUCAGUAGUAGCAACAUUCAGCCCACUGCAGAAGGGACCACAGAAGUAACACAAGGUUUCCUGAAGUAUGUGGAUAAUCAGUUGUUUGCAACUGAAAGUCAGGAAGGGGUUAGUCAUUCACCUUCAUCCUAUGUGAAUACUAAAGAAAUGCUAAGCAGUCCGAGGACUGAGACAUUUGAAGCAGAUACAGAACGUAGGACAACUUUUCCUGGUGCUGAGCCCACAGCAGGCCCUGAGCCUGGGAACCUCGUGCCUGGUAGGGAGAAGCCUUCGCAGAUGCCAGCUGAUAAUACCCAGGCUCCUGCCACCAAGCACUGGCUCACUACCACUGGGUACACGCAGAGUGUUGAGCCAGAAGCUGACAGCCUGCUGGAAACUCCAGAAGUCACUGUGAGUGUCAACACAGCAGUUCCAGCUGCCUCUGUCGUAAGUGAUGAGUGGGAUGACACCAAAUUAGAGAGUGUAAGCCAGAUAAAGACCCCAAAGCUUGGAGACAGUAUGGAGACUCAGCUGAGAAUAGAAACGUCUCAGACAUCCCGAGUAACUGAUAACAGUAUGCGAGGUAUGGAAAGGGAAAAACCUUUGACAGAGUCUGCAGAGGUGGCCUUGGGACUGCCUGAAGGGGAAACACACACGGGGACAGGGCUGCUAAUAGCACUUGGGGAUGAGAGAUCAUCUUCCUUCACUGAUCAAAGUUCCUUCACUCCCACAAGUCUGAUGGAAGAUAUGGAAGUCUCUGUUGUGAACCAGUUUCAAAAUACUGCAGACUCCGUGGAAUCCAACCAGGAAAACAAUGCCGUGUUUUUCUUAGAGACCACUGUUUCUAUCUCAGAAUAUGAAUCUGAGGCCUAUCGACCACUGGGAAAUACAUUUAAAGACAUCAUCACUCAAGAGAUGACAACAGCUGUUCAAGAAGCAGAAGCCACUUUAUCAUCAGUGACACAAGAGCAGCAGGUUUCUACCCUCGAGGUUACCAGAGAAGAUGGCGAGGCUAAGGAAGGAAAAGAGUCCCCCUCUGCCACGUCUGAUGUUGCUGCUGUCACUCAGCUGUCGAGAAGAUGGGAGCCUCUGGCCACUAUGGUUUCAACUAUAGCCGUACCUCUGUCUGUCCAAGUUACUCCUGCUGUGGAAGACCUAAUGGACACAGUCACAAGGCCACAUGAGGAGUUGUUCACACCGGUUUUGGGCUCUCCAGUGACGCCCCCUGGACUAAUGGAGGAGGCACCCAGCACUUCCCCAGCGCUUCCUGACUCUGAGGUGUCCUCUGAGAGAAGCACCAUUGUGCCAUCCUUUAGCCAUGUUAAUACGGCUGCCUCCUAUGGCCUGGACCUACUGGAAUCUGAAGAGGGAGAAGAAGAUGAGGAUGAAGAAGAUGAGGAGGAGGAAGACGAAGAAGAGGAAGAUGAGGAAGAUGAGGAGGAAGAUGAGGAAGAUAAAGAUGCAGACGCUCUGGAUGAGAGCUUGGAUGGUGACGCUGAGCUGCCUGGAUUUACUCUCCCUGGCCUCACGUCCCAGGAGCCGGGCUCAGAGCAGGGCAACAUGGUCCCCUUGGAAAGAGUCACCUACCAGGUGCCAGCUGCCAUCGAGUGGAAACAGCAGAAUCAGGGCCUGGUGAGAAGCUGGAUGGAAAAACUAAAAGACAAGGCUGGCUACAUGUCUGGGAUGCUGGUGCCUGUAGGGGUUGGGAUAGCUGGAGCUUUGUUCAUCUUGGGAGCGCUCUACAGCAUUAAGGUUAUGAAUCGCCGAAGGAGAAAUGGCUUCAAAAGGCAUAAAAGAAAGCAGAGAGAAUUCAACAGCAUGCAAGAUCGAGUAAUGCUCUUAGCUGACAGCUCUGAAGAUGAAUUUUGAAUUGGACUGGAGUUUAAUUGGAAUAUUCAAUGAUGUUAUUAUUUUAUUUUUUAUUUGGGGGCAAAAAAAGAACAGCAUCCUGCCACAUUGCUGCUGUCAGGCCAUCAGUCCCAUUAUCUGCUGGGUAGUAGAUUUUUGUUGUACUGAGCAGAAAAGGCAUGCUGUAUACUAAAUGUAAUACGCAGUGUUUGUUUUUAUUCUGUAGUGAAUUUUCCACAACCAUGGGCUACAACUCAUAAAUAUGCAGAACACAUGUUGUUCAGUAGGAGUUGCUAGGUUAGGUAGAGUAAAUGUUUUGUAUUUUUCCAUUGUGUCUUUUCCUUGGUUUGAAUUUCCUGCACUAAGUAUAACGAUUAUUGUUGCCAAGGCACGCCUGACUGUGAAAUGGAAAUCUCAGCAAAGAAUAACUUGUGAUGACUGCACUCUACCUAGUUGAAGCCAUAGGCUUAUGGGCUGUGGUACAUCCUGCGUUUGCAUCAAAACUAGCAGCAACUCAGAAUGAAAUCUUUUUCGUCGAGAAGAUCUCUUGGCACAUUAGGAUUAUAUGUAGGUUUGUAUGUAUUUUGCAUUAUGUGCUUGAGUCUCCCAGUUUUAUUAUUUUUCAACCUCUGUUUUAUUCUCAAUCUUGGCAAGGAAAGAAGUGCACCAGAAGUAAUAUAUUAAUUGACUCUCAGUUGUAAUGUAAGCUUGCUUUCUUAAAUAGUGUGAAUGAGUC